AUGCCUGCCCACGAGGAGUUCGUGGCGCGAAGUGUGACCACUCCGUCCUUUGAGCUGCUCACGCUGAACCCCAGCGUCGACACGAUGAUAUCGGCCAGCGUCACGCGAACAGGUCUCUGGCAGCCGUCGAUCACACGGGUCGUCCAGGCGCUCGCGAGUCGCCACUGCAACCAGACGGACGGCGGUGCGCUCGCGGUCGACGUGGGCACGAACAUCGGCUACGAGACGCUCAUGCUCCUCAUGCACGGCUGCCGCGUCAUCGGCUUUGAGAUGCAGGACGAGAUCUCUGCGCUUGUGCAGCAGUCAGCCGCGCGGAACGGCGUCGCGUCCAGGCUGCGCAUGUUGAAACGCGCGGUCACGGACCACGACGACGACGUGCUGCAUCGCUCGGUGGUGACGCGCGGCAACUUGACGACGACACUCGACCGCGAGCUGCGGCACGCCGGCGAGAUCACGCUGAUGAAGAUGGACAUUCAGGGCUCCGAGCCGGCGGCGCUGCGCGGCGCGACCAACCUGCUGCGCCGCGGGCGCGUCCGCAACCUCAUCCUGGAGCUCGACCCGCAGAGCUUCGGCGGCGUCACGCCGGCGGUGAGCCUGCUGCGCAACCUCAGCAGCUUUGGCUUCCACUACGUGACCGAGCUACCGUAUCUCCAGUCCACGCUCGACGAGUUCCGCCGGCCGCUCGCGGCGCCGAGCGUCUGCCCGCUCGUCGCCGGCCCGCACGACAAGCCCGGCUGGGAGGCGACCUUCGGCGAGGCCGUCGCCGCGCGCCGCGACCGGCGCGGCGUCGGUUUCACCGACCUUUGGCUGAGCCUCGAGCCGCAGCCCAUCACGCGCGCGGCGCGUGCCGGCGCCGGCACUCGGUGGUGCACCAGCGUCUGA